AUUGCAAACUUUGACCCCGUAUACGCUGUGUAUCUGGGCCCCCGAGCCACGCCGCAAACAUGGCUCUGGCGAUGAAGCAGUCUGUUUCGCCGCUGGCUGUCAGGAAAGCCUGCCAGCCGCUGCUCCCGCCUCGGCCCUGUGUACGUCGCUCAGGGGUCGGAUCUGGAUCGCGGCGUGCAGCGGUGUGCGUCAAGGCAAGCCUGUUGGAGCCCAGCACCGCAGCCAGCGCCGUGGAGGCUGUGCACCAUGCCCAGCACUUGUAUACGCUGGCUGAGGGAGGACCCAUCGACAUGCUGGCGCAGUUCUUCGAGUCUGUUUUGCGGACGCUGGACGAUGGUUUGGAAAAGGCGCACGUGCCCUACUCCUACGGCUUUUCCAUCAUCGCCCUGACAGUCCUGGUCAAGCUGGCGACCUUCCCUCUAACACAAAAGCAGGUGGAGUCAACGCUUGCGCUGCAGGCGCUCCAGCCGCGCGUCAAGGAGCUCCAAGCCAAGCACGCAGACGACCCAGAGAACCUGCAGCUGGAGACAGCUCGCCUGUACAAGGAGGCCGGUGUGAACCCGCUGGCGGGCUGCCUGCCCACCUUCGCCACCAUCCCCGUCUUCAUCGGCCUCUACAACGCGCUGAGCCACGCGGCCAAGGCGGGCUUGCUGACGGAGGGCUUCUUCUGGAUCCCCUCCCUGGGCGGCCCCACCACCAUCGGUGGCGGUCUGGAGUGGCUGUUCCCCUUCCAAGACGGCGCCCCGCCGGUGGGCUGGUCCGCCGCCGCCGCCUACCUGGUGAUGCCGGUGCUGCUGGUGGCCUCGCAGUACGUGUCGCAGAAGAUCAUCUCGCAGCAGAGCAACACCGACCCCUCGCAGCAGCAGGCGCAGGCCAUCCUCAAGUUCCUGCCGCUCAUGAUUGGCUGGUUCUCCCUGAACGUCCCCUCCGGCCUCACGCUCUACUGGUUCGUCAACAACAUCCUGUCCACCGCGCAGCAGCUCUACCUCAAGGCAACUGUCAAGGUGCACAUCCCCGAGGCCAUCAAGGCCCCCACCGCCUCCUCCGGCAGCGGCACCGUCAUUAAACCCAAGGAGGAGCGGGUCAAGAAGGUCACAGGCAAGGAGAUGGGUGCGCGGAAGAAGCGGCGGAACGAGGCAGGGGAGGAGGUGGACGAUUCUGAUUCGGAGGCGGCUUCCACCAGCGGCUUCAGCAGCAGCAACGGUGCAAGCCCCACCAGCAGCAGAAACGGCAACGGAGUCAGCAGCAGCAGCAGCGUUGGAAGCAUGGAUGGUUCUUCCCGGAAGGGUGAGAAAUUCCGGGCACUGAAGGCGCGGGAGGCAGCGGCGAAGGCAGCCCAAGCGGUGCAAGCGCCUGCGGUCAAGGCGCAAGCAGGAGGGUCAAGCCAAGGGGAUGGAGCGGAGGGAUCGGAGAACGGCAAUGGUUCUUCAUCGGCGUAAGGGAUGUUGUGCGUUGGCGUGUGCGUGUGUUUAGGGUAAAAGAGCGUUUGGAGGUGGUUCAGUAGUUACGUGGAUUGCUGUACAAUGGCAAUGUGAUGGCAGGGCAGGGAUACCGGUAGGUAGCCACGUUAGGUUGGGCUGCAUGAAAAGGAAGAUGCUGGUGUAGAGGCAGUGGCAUUGUUUAUUGUAUCUGUCGAGUACAAAACGUCGGGGAGUACUGUGAUUGGAAGAGCCGGGAGGCUAGGGCAUAAUGUUUGGCUUGAACGCGGCGUUGAGAGCGCGGAUGCGGCUAGCAGAUAGGCGCCACAGGAGCAUAUCGAGUGCGGGCGUGUUUGUCGGUAUUUCGCCAAUGCAGUGCAUUCUGUCUGGUGCUUGCAAGGACCGUGGGUCGUUUUGUCGUCGCAGGGCGGUAGCGGCUUUCUGUCGCGACCAGGGUGCAAAUUUUGGGACUUAAGGCGUGAGGCGAGACCAUGAGAGCGGAGGGAAGGUCAGGAGUGGUUGCUGUCCAGCGAGGGGGGUGCGCAUCGAGAGCUUACUCAAAGAGUUGUACGAGUUGGACGCUUGACUCGGCAUGUUCUCACUUCGGCACAAAAGGCACUUUACAAAUAAAGAUGCUGUAAAGUUUUAUGCAAGUAUUAUUUGCCUGCGCAUCCCCCAUCUUCAAAUUGCCCGAAGUUUCAAGAGAGAUAUUAGACUCCACAGGCACUUGAUAGGGGCAUCCUUCUUGACACAGGAGACGCUUUAUAGAUACGCUUUCAAAGUAACUAACUAACAACACUAACAAAUGGCUGACACAGCGGCCUCGGGGCAUGCUCCGGGCCACAUAGAAACGGAGGGAAAUGGUAAAUUCUAUUUCCCAUCUGGAGCGACAUACGAGGGGCAAUGGAAGCUUCUCAACCCUCCUGCACCACCCGCACCCGAGGACCCAAAGGAGGUGAAGAAGAAGAAAGCAAAGGAUGAGCCUCCCCCACCCCCUCAGGAGCCACCAAAGCGGGUUCGCCAUGGGAAAGGUGUGUACCGCGAGGGGAACUACGUGUACGAAGGGGACUUUGUGGACGACAUGAUUCAGGGUCACGGCACCUUCACGUACGCCAGCGGUGCCAAGUACGUGGGCGAAUGGAAGGCCAACAAAUACCAUGGCAAGGGGACCUACUACUGGCCGGAUGGGCGGCGCUACGACGGCAUGUGGGAGGAGAACCGCAUGCACGGGCUGGGCGUUUUCACGGACGCGUCUGGGCACAAGUGGGAGGGGCAGUUCUUCAACGGCAGCGGGCCGGGGCUCACAAGCCUGGUGUGAGGCAGGGGGAGCUUGGGGGGAGCGUUGAGGUAAAGAAGGGUACGCAGUAUGUUGAAUGAGGAUGGCAAGCAGGCCGACGAGCGUUGGGGAGGUGCGAGCGAGGGAGGAGCGGAGGGGGUGGGGGUUGUGUGUGCAAGUGAGCUGUUAGCGUGAAGUCGUUCGCUAGACUGACUCUACCUAUACGGGAUGGCCCUUGACUCCAUUUUGCUAGGUGCAGCCUGGAUGUUUGCUGUGUGAGUUAGCGCUACCGCUAAUUCCUUUACUACGGAGCCAUGUCGGAACAGGCUUUGAUAAGCGUGCCCAGUGGCUUCCUGUCACAGGCUGGGAGUAAAGAGGGAAGGUGAGGAACCUUCGUCCCACCACUCAACACCUCUUGCCGCACAGCUUUACAGCCCAUGUCACAGCAUGUAUGGGCUGCCUGCCCUUCCCGAAUGCAAGGUUGCUACCGUAUAGCGAAAUCCCAAAGCAACAUGGCGAUGAGCCCACCCAGACCGGCAUGGCUGGUACGGAGCUCCGUACAA